AUGUGUGACAAGAUGAAAAAGGUGAACAGCUGGCUCAGUGCGGUGUUCGGGGAUCAGCCAGUGCCACAGUUUGAAGUCAAUACGCGGACAGUGGACGUGCUCUUUCAGCUGGCCCAGACCUCUGAGACCCGGUGCAGUCACACGGAGCUCCUCAUUAAAGAUCUCAAUCAGAAAACCUCAGAAUACCAGGCAGACUGUGCACACUACCAGGACGUUCUCUUACAAGCUGUUGGCCUUUCCUGUGCGACACUCUCAUCUGCUUCGACUGACUAUCUAUCUACUUUAGUGGACAGUGCAAUAACUCUGGCAGUCAGGGACAUCUCUAUUGGAAAUUUUUUUCCAGCUGUGAAUAAUCUAUCAGAUGAACUGUUGGAGGCUGAGAAAUCAAACAGACGUCUUGAACGGGAACUCAAGGCUCUGAGAAAAAAUCUUGGUGCUACUUUGGUUCUUUGCGGAAACCUUCAGGAGGAUAUCAACAAAACCACAAAGGCCCAGGCUGUGGAGGGCGCUAAAGUAGAGGAGAGGUUGCUUAACAUGGAUUUUGUGACAACAAAGGCAAAAGAGCUCAGCCACAGAAGAGAGAAAGCAGAGGCGCAGCUUUUAUCCAGGAACAUGGACAAGUCUUUGACACACCAGGCCAUAGUGCAGCUGUCACAGGAAGUAACUGCACUGAAACAAGAAAUUGCUCCCUUGAAGAAGAAAUUGGAGCCUUAUAUGGAUUUGUGCCCAAACCCAUCACUUGCACAAGUUAAAAUCCUAGAAGCAAAAAGAGAGUUGGCAUUGCUCGACUCCAAACCAGAAAUGGACAUGGAGUUUCAAUGA